AUGGAAGAAGAUAAAAUUGGGGUGGAUGGACGAGUGGAGAGAAACUCCCGAACUGAAGAUGAUAAGAAAGGGAAGAAAAUUCCAGGGAAGCAAAACCUGAAGGUGGAGUCCUGCAUGAACAACAGGGAGACCCACUCCAGCAAGAGAAAGAAAGAAGGUGGCAGCAGCCAGGAAGAAAGCAAAAGAGGGGAUAAAACCAGAUCUCCCCGGAGGAAGAGAGCUGUCCGGAGGAAACACCGAGAGGAAAUUGGGGAUGAGGAAUGGGAGAACAACUGCCAGGAGGGUGAAAGUCCGGGUCAGAAGGGUUCUUGCAAAGUACAGAAGGAGGACAAAAAUAAGGCAAAGCAAAUAAAAAGAAAGGAAGAGAAGAAAAAAAAGCAGACGAAAACCAGCAAUUCCGUCUCUGUAUCCACCUCUUCUGAUGAGGAGUCCAUGUCAGAGGAGGAGCUGGCUCGCAUCAUGGAACGGGUAGAUGAAAAGAAGAAACUCAUAUCCACUAUGAGGAAUAAACCCUGGAGGAUGAUGAAGAAAUUGGAAGUGCUCAGGGAGGCACAAGCUUUUGUCGAGAAGUUUGAAGGAGCAUUAGGAAAGGGAAAAGGCAAGAAAUUCUACGCUUAUAAAAUGAUGAUGACCAAGAAAUGGGUCAAGUUUAAGAGAGAUUUCGAUAAUUUCAAGACUCAGUGUAUUCCAUGGGAAAUGAAGAUCAAAGAGAUUGAAAGUCAUUUCGGGUCCUCGGUGGCAUCCUACUUUAUCUUCCUACGUUGGAUGUAUGGGAUUAACCUGGUUCUUUUUGGGCUGAUUUUUGGGCUAGUGAUCAUUCCAGAGGUGUUGAUGGGAGUGCCUUACGGGAGUAUCCCUCGGAAAACGGUGCCCAGAGCCGAAGAAGACAAAGCGAUGGACUUUUCUGUGCUUUGGGAUUUUGAGGGUUAUAUCAAAUACUCUGCUCUCUUUUAUGGAUAUUACAACAACCAGAGGACAAUUGGGUGGUUGAAGUACAGAUUGCCCAUGGCGUACUUCAUGGUUGGAAUCAGUGUCUUUGGCUACAGCCUGAUGGUCGUUAUCAGAUCGAUGGCAAGCAAUGCUCAAGAGAGCACUGGCAAUGGCGAUGGGGAAAACUUCACUUUCAGCUUCAAAAUGUUUACUAGCUGGGACUACUUGAUUGGCAACCCAGAAACGGCUGACAACAAGUAUGCAUCCAUCACUACCAGCUUCAAGGAGUCAAUUGUGGACGAACAGGAGAGUAACAAAGAAGAGAACAUCCACCUGACGAGAUUUCUCCGUGUUCUGGCCAACUUCCUCAUCAUCUGCUGCCUCUGUGGGAGUGGCUAUCUCAUUUAUUUCGUGGUGAAGCGAUCCCAGAAUUUUUCAAAAAUGCAGAACGUCAGCUGGUAUGAAAGGAACGAGGUGGAGAUUGUCAUGUCCCUAUUGGGAAUGUUCUGCCCUCCGCUAUUCGAAACCAUCGCGGCCCUAGAGAAUUACCAUCCUCGCGUUGGGCUUAAGUGGCAGUUGGGAAGGAUCUUCGCUCUGUUCCUUGGAAACCUCUACACUUUCCUCCUGGCACUGAUGGAUGACGUCCAUCUCAAGCUGUCCAAUGAAGACAAGGUAAAAAACAUCACCCACUGGACCCUGUUCCACUAUUACAACGCAUCCGUGGGGGAUGGAAACGGCACGACUUCUCCGCUCCACCCAGCCGACGUGCCCAGGGGCUCCUGUUGGGAGACGACUGUGGGCAUUGAGUUUGUGAGGCUGACCGUGUCUGACAUUCUGGUGACAUUUAUAACCAUUCUGCUGGGAGACUUCCUCCGCGCUUGCUUCGUCAGAUUCAUGAACUACUGCUGGUGCUGGGACCUGGAGGCUGGAUUUCCCUCUUAUUCGGAGUUUGACAUCAGCGGAAAUGUUCUCGGUCUGAUCUUCAAUCAAGGAAUGAUCUGGAUGGGCUCCUUUUACGCCCCUGGUCUCAUUGGUAUCAAUGUGCUGCGCUUACUGACAUCCAUGUAUUUUCAGUGCUGGGCCGUGAUGAGCAGCAAUGUCCCGCAUGCGAGGGUUUUCAAGGCCUCCAAAUCGAAUAACUUUUACAUGGGGCUUUUACUGCUGAUCCUCUUCCUCAGCCUCUUGCCUGUGGCCUAUACCAUCAUGUCCCUCCCUCCUUCCUUUGACUGUGGUCCUUUCAGUGGAAAGAACCGGAUGUACGAUGUCAUCCAGGAGACCAUCGAUAACGACUUCCCAUCCUUUAUCGGCAGGAUCUUUGGCUACAUUGCCAAUCCGGGUCUGAUCAUCCCUGUGAUCCUACUGAUGGUCUUGGCCAUCUACUAUCUGAAUUCGGUCUCUGAAGGUCUCGCUCGUGCCAACGCAGAAUUGAGGAAGAAAAUCCAAGGGCUUCGCGAGGUUGAGAAAAGCAAAAAGUCUACCAAAGGCGGUUGUGCAGCGCAAGGUUCAGGGGGAACAUUCGCAAACAAUUUACAAAAUGCUGGUCAACUCCGCCCUUCCAAGGAAGAGAACAAGACGGACACUCUCGAUAAGCAGCUGUCGGCACGGAGAGAGGGCCAGAAACCCAGGAUUGCCAGCUCAGGAAGAGGAGCAAAGAUGCCUGUGACCCUCCACCUGGUUGUGACCCAUGACCCCGGCUCUCGGCCCCAGGCCACCUCCCCUAACCAGUUCCAACCCCAUUCCUUACCAGGGCCACGGCUUUCUGGGAAGGCCCAGGGGACUCCUGACCCAUGA